AUGUCUGAUGUUAAUCAAGUUACUGAUCAAGUUGCUAAAACUUUCUUAGAUGAAGUUACUGGUGAACAAGUUUCUAAAACUGAAUUAAAAAGAAGACAAAAACAAAGACAAAUUGAAGCUAAAAAAGCUGAAAAAGCUGCAAAACAACCUCAACAAGCUCCAUCAAAGAAGAAAGAUGAAUUUGCUGAUUUAAAUCCAAAUCAAUUCUUUGAAAUUAGAUCAAGACAAAUUGAAGAAUUAAGAGAGAAAAAUAAUAAAGAUUCAAAUGAACUUAAUCCUUAUCCUCAUAAAUUUGAUAGAAAUAUUAAAGUUCCUGAAUUUGUUUCAAAAUAUUCAAAUUUACAAAGAGGUGAAACUUUAAAAGAUAUUGAAAUUAGAAUUACUGGUAGAAUUAUGACUAAAAGAGAAGCUGGUUCGAAAUUAAAAUUUUAUGUUUUAAAAGGUGACGGUGUUGAAAUUCAAAUUAUGUCACAAGCUCAAGAUGCUCCUUCAAUUGAAGAAUUUGAAAAAGAACAUGAAAUCUUAAAAAGAGGUGAUAUAAUUGGUGUUGUUGGUUAUCCUGGUAGAACUGCUCCUGCAAAAGGUGGUGAAGGUGAAUUAUCAGUUUUUUCUAAAACAAUUCAAUUAUUAACUCCAUGUUUACAUAUGUUACCAACUGAACAUUAUGGUUUUAAAGAUCAAGAAGCCAGAUAUAGAAAAAGAUAUCUUGAUUUAAUUAUGAACGAUAGAUCAAGAGAAACUUUUAAAGUUAGAUCUUCAAUUAUAAGAUAUAUUAGAAAAUUUUUAGAUGAUCGUGAAUUUAUUGAAGUUGAAACACCAAUUUUGAAUAUUAUUGCUGGUGGUGCUACUGCUAAACCAUUUAAAACUCAUCAUAAUGAUUUGAAUAUGGAAAUGUUUAUGAGAAUUGCUCCAGAAUUAUUUUUAAAAGAAUUAGUUGUUGGAGGUAUGGAUAGAGUUUAUGAAAUUGGUAGACAAUUUAGAAAUGAAGGUAUAGAUAUGACUCAUAAUCCUGAAUUUACUACUUGUGAAUUUUAUCAAGCUUAUGCUGAUGUUUAUGAUUUAAUGGAUAUGACUGAAAUGAUGUUUUCUGAAAUGGUUAAAGAAAUUACUGGUGAUUAUAAAAUUGAUUAUCAACCAGAUGGUCCAGAAGGUAAAACUUUAACUUUAGAUUUUUCAAGACCUUGGAAAAGAAUCAAUAUGAUUGAAGAAUUGGAAAAAAUUUAUAAUGUUAAGUUUCCAGCUGGUGAUCAAUUACAUACUGAAGAAACUAGUCAAUUUUUAAAAAAAUUAUUAAAAGAUAAUAAAUUAGAAUGUUCACCACCUUUAACAAAUGCUAGAAUGUUGGAUAAAUUAGUUGGAGAAUUGGAAGAUUCAUCAAUUAAUCCAACAUUUAUUUUUGGUCAUCCACAAAUGAUGUCACCAUUGGCUAAAAAAGAUAGAAAAAUUCCUGGAUUAUGUGAAAGAUUUGAAGUUUUCGUUGCAACUAAAGAAAUUUGUAAUGCUUAUACUGAAUUGAAUGAUCCAUUUGAUCAAAGACAAAGAUUUGAAGAACAAGCUAGACAAAAAGCUCAAGGUGAUGAUGAAGCACAAUUGGUUGAUGAAACAUUCUGUAAUGCUUUAGAAUAUGGUUUACCACCAACUGCUGGUUGGGGUUGUGGUAUCGAUAGAUUAGCAAUGUUUUUAACUAAUUCAAAUACAAUUAGAGAAGUUUUAUUAUUCCCAACUUUAAAACCAGAACCAAAAGAAGAAUAG